AUGCAGCAACCUAAGGACGAGCAAGAAACCACUGCCGCUAAAUCCACUCUCCGGUUCCUGGAGAAGACGGUGAAAGAUGUGCUGGUGAACAAGGGGAGACUCGCGGAGGUGCCUUACACGGCCACGCUAGGCGACACCAUGAACGCAUUGGUCGCCAACAAGGUGACGGCGCUUCCUGUUGAUGCACCUCCAGGGCAGUGGAUUGGGGCCGGUGGCUCAAUGAUCAUGGAAUCUGAUAAACAAACGGGCGUUGUGCGAAAGCACUACAUAGGGAUGGUCACCAUGCUUGAUAUUCUCGCAUACAUUGCUGAUGAUGAUAAUCAGAUGAUGGGGGGUGAUGCUGGAGGAGAUGAUAAUCUUGAGGGGAAGAUGACGGUCCCGAUAUCGUCGAUUAUAGGACGCAGUUUCGAAGGACUUAGCUUAUGGACUCUAAACCCAAACACAAGCAUUUUGGAGUGUAUGGAACUGUUUAACAAGGGAAUCCACAGGGCCUUGGUCCCAAUGGACAGUCAAAUGGAGAAUAUUCAAGGAGUUGAACUUGUGGAGUCUGCUUCAAGCUAUAAAAUGCUUACACAAAUGGACUUACUGAAAUUCCUCAAUGACCAUGCCUCUGAAUUGGGGGAGAUCUUAUCAAGCAGCAUAAAGGAAAUAGGUUGCUUAAAUCAGAGUGUUUUUGCCAUAACCGAUCGUACCAAAGUGAUCGAUGCUAUCAAAUGCUUGAAGACUGCUAUGCUCCAUGCUGUUCCUAUAGUCGAAUCCUCUAAUCUUAUUAAAGAAGAUGACAAACAGCUUGUAGAUGGCAAAGGGAGGAAGCCGAUUGGAACAUUUUCGGCGACAGAUUUGAGGGGUUGCCAUGCUUCUGCACUGCGGACAUGGUUGCCUUUAAGCGCACUAGAAUUCACUGAGCUAGUCUCGAGUAGCCCUUUGUCUGGAGCAUGGGAGAGGGUGUCGGCGCCAAAGGAAAUAGUGAGUUGCCAGCCAGAGUUGGCACUCUCAGAAGCAAUCGAGAAGAUAGUAUAUAACCAUGUGCACCGAGUGUGGGUGGUUGAUCAACAAGGUUUACUUGAGGGCCUCGUUUCUCUCACCGAUAUAGUGGGAGCCGUUAGGGUUUCAUUGUUGUCAAAGGUUGACGUCAUGUGA